AUGGCCGAUACGACGGUGGCAAAGCUCAACGAGCGGUUUGCGACGGGUGGGCAGGCCCUGGAGCCGGACGUGGUGAUGCAGCUGCAGUCAAUCAUGAAGAUGCACGGACUGCCAGUGCAGGAGCUGUUCUACAAGUGGGAGGCAUACUGCAUCAAGAUGGACCUGGAGGCAGCGGCGAUGUCAAUGGAGCGGCUGCGCGCGUUCAAGCAAGAUCUGCAGGACGCGCUGGAGCGGCGCAAUCAGGAACAGCAGCCGUCGCUGAGCGUACACAAGAAACCGAAAUCUGAGGUCAGGCGGCUGGCAGCCACGCAGAGAAAUGCGGCCAAGCAAGGCGGUGUCUUUGAUAUGCUCGACGGCCUCGUUCCUGGCACAUCAGCCAAGACGGGCGGCAACAAUGUCGGAUCUGGGAAAAAGAGCACGCCUUCGGUCUCACGGGUGAAGAGUGAGUACAUGGGCAGCUCACCAGACCACAAAACGCCGUCGAAGCUGGCCGACCAGCUCGGUGCUAUGGGGGCAAUUGCGCCAUCCUCGUUCAACGACCGGCAGAAUGCGGGCGAUGUCAUCGAGAUUCUAAACCGGCAGCUCCCGGCAGCAGAGCGGCCAAUUGCGCCGUAUGCAGAGCCGCGGGUUAAGCUGACAGGGGCCUCGGACCAGAAGAAGCUGGGCUACAAGCCGAUGGCGAUGAAACUCUCGGAGGCGUCUGAGAUCCUGGACGACCGGAUCGACGAGUUCACCAAGCUGGUUUUGGACCACCACAAGCUCGACGACGACGAGAUCGGCAACGCGGCCAGCCAGGGCACGGCCGAGAUUGUGGCCGUAGGCCGCAUAGCGUCAGACUCGGCCUCGGGCAAGCUCAACGCGGCCUCAGCGGUUCUAGAGACGUCACGACGCAGGGGCGGCGGGCUACGCGUGCCGUUGGACCUCGGGCGGCUCAAGGGCUUCCAGUUCUUCCCCGGGCAGAUUGUGGCCCUGCGCGGGACAAACUCGUCGGGUCACGCGUUUGCCGUCAGCCAAGUGCUAGAGCUACCGCUGCUGCCCAAUGCGGCAUCCUCGUUGACGGCGCUGAUGGGACACCGCGAGAAGAUGCGUGGCCAUGGUGGUGGCGACGGCGACGAGGACGACAUGAUGGACGUGGACGGCAACAGCAACACACAAAACGCGCUAGCACCGUUGAACAUCAUCUACGCAUCAGGGCCAUAUACAGCGGACGACAAUCUGGACUUUGAGCCGCUGCAUGCGCUCUGCAGCAAGGCAGCCGACACCGGAGUGGACGCGGUGGUGCUGGCAGGGCCGUUUCUGGAUGCAGACCACCCGCUGAUCGCGACAGGCGACUUUGACCUGCCAGAGGACGCGGUGGUGGAGCCGGACGCGGCGACGAUGGCGACGGUGUUUCGCUACCUAGUGGCACCAGCACUGCAGCAGCUGACGACAGCCAACCCGGCGGUGAUGGUGCUGCUGGUGCCGUCGGUGCGAGACGUGUUGGACCGGCACGUGUCGUGGCCACAGGACGCGUUUUCGCGGCGAGACCUAGGACUGCCCAAAGCUGUGCGCAUCGUAGGAAACCCGAUGACGCUGUCGAUCAACGAGAUGGUGCUGGGGGUAUCGUCACAGGACGUGCUGUACGAGCUGCGGCACGAGGAGCUGUCGGGCGGGCGGCUGGCUGAUGCCAACGCUAUGUCACGAGCAUGUCGCUACUUGCUGGAGCAGCGACAUUACUUCCCGCUGUUUCCGCCGGUAGAUCGCCGCAGUCUUCCGCGCACAGGCGUGGCCGACACGGAUUUCGUGGCCACGGGCGCGAUGCUUGACACGAGCUACCUGAAGCUGGGCGAGAUGGUCAACGUGCGGCCGGACGUGUUGGUCGUGCCGAGUGCGCUGCCGCCGUUUGCCAGGGUGGUCGAGAGCGUGCUGGUCAUCAAUCCGGGCUACCUGUCGAAGCGGCGAGGCGCAGGGACGUAUGCUCGCAUGACCUUGUAUCCGCCAGCGGUCGACAGUGCGGCACUUGCACAGGACGGAGAGCAGAUGGUCGGCCACGGCAUCUUUGAGCGGGCGAGGGUAGAGAUUAUAAAGAUAUGA